CCCUCCCGCCGCGCCCCCCUCCCCUCUCCUCCCUACGAUCACUGUCCAUUGGCUUGUCCUGCUCUCUUUUUCAUGUCCAGCCCCUGAUGAGUGUCCAUUGGUGUUGCCUUCGCCUUCCCUCCUCCCCUCUCCCCGGCUUGCCCUGCCCAUGUUUUGUAUGUCUCUGUCCAUCCAGGCUCCUGACGUUCAAGUUCGCAGGGACGUCACGUCCGCACUUGAACUUGCAGCUCAGGGGGGCUUUUGCCAUUUUUUUUCAUCUCUCUCUCUCCUUCUCUCUCCCUCUCUCUCUCUCUCUCUCUCCCUCUCUCUCUCUUUUUUUCCCUUGCACAAAAAAAAAAAAAAAAAGAAAAAAAGAAAAAAAAAAAGGAAAAAAAAAAAAAACCAUGACUGCUAUCCCACAAUUCAUCUUCCCUGCGCCAUCUUUGUAUUAUUUCUAAUUUAUUUUGGAUGUCAAAAGACAUUGAUGAAGAUAUUUUCUCUGGAGUCUCCUUCCUCUCUAACCCGUCUCUCCCGAUGUGAACCAAGCGACUCACAAGCCACCGAAGCCACCAACCCACCAUGUCGCGCCGCAAGCAAGGCAAACCCCAGCACUUAAGCAAACGGGAAUUUUCACCCGAACCUCUUGAAGCCAUUCUCACUGAUGACGAACCUGAACAUGGCACAUUGGGAGCUCCAGAAGGGGACCACGACCUCCUCACUUGUGGCCAGUGUCAGAUGAACUUCCCGUUGGGGGACAUUCUUAUUUUUAUUGAGCACAAACGGAAACAAUGCAAUGGCAGUCUCUGCUUAGAGAAGGCUGUGGAUAAGCCACCUUCACCCUCACCAAGUGAGCUGAAAAAAGCAUCCAAUCCUGUGGAGGUUGGCAUCCAGGUUACGCCAGAGGAUGACGAUUGUUUAUCAACGUCAUCUAGAGGAAUUUGCCCUAAACAGGAACAUAUAGCAGGUAAAGACGAGCCCAGCAGCUACACGUGUACGACUUGUAAACAGCCUUUCAACAGCGCCUGGUUCCUCUUGCAGCACGCACAGAACACGCAUGGCUUACGGAUCUACCUAGAAAGCGAGCACGGCAGCCCCCUGACGCCACGGGUUGGUAUCCCAACAGGACUAGGUGCAGAGUGCCCUUCCCAGCCACCUCUCCAUGGGAUUCACAUUGCAGACAAUAACCCUUUUAACCUGCUCAGAAUACCCGGCUCGGUCUCAAGGGAGGCGUCGGGGCUGGGAGAAGGGCGUUUCCCACCCACACCGCCCCUCUUUAGCCCUCCCCCAAGGCACCAUUUGGAUCCGCAUCGCAUUGAGCGCCUGGGUGCGGAAGAAAUGGCUCUGGCCACCCAUCACCCUAGUGCCUUUGACAGGGUGCUGCGACUGAACCCCAUGGCAAUGGAGCCCCCCGCUAUGGAUUUCUCCCGGAGGCUGCGGGAGCUGGCCGGCAACACCUCCAGCCCACCCUUGUCCCCGAGUCGGCCCAGCCCUAUGCAAAGGUUGCUGCAGCCCUUCCAGCCUGGCAACAAGCCCCCAUUCCUGGCCACACCACCCCUUCCUCCUCUGCAGUCUGCUCCUCCUCCCUCUCAGCCACCCAUGAAGUCCAAGUCCUGUGAGUUCUGUGGGAAGACCUUCAAAUUUCAGAGCAACCUAGUGGUCCACCGACGGAGCCACACUGGAGAGAAGCCCUACAAGUGCAACCUCUGCGACCAUGCCUGCACACAGGCCAGCAAGCUGAAGCGCCACAUGAAGACACACAUGCACAAGUCCUCCCCCAUGACGGUGAAGUCAGAUGAUGGGCUCUCCACUGCCAGCUCCCCUGAGCCGGGCACCAGUGACCUGGUGGGCAGCGCCAGCAGUGCCCUCAAGUCUGUGGUGGCCAAGUUCAAGAGUGAGAAUGAUCCCAACAUGAUUCCUGAGAAUGGGGAUGAGGAGGAGGAGGAAGAGGAGGAGGAGGAAGAGGAGGAGGAGGAGGAAGAGGAGGAGGACUUGAAUGAGAGUGACAGGCCGGACUACAGCUUUGGGAUGAGCCUGGAGGCAGCCCGCCACCAUGAGAACAACUCGCGGGCCAGUGAGGAGGGACGGUCGAUGCCGGAUGUCAUGCAGGGCAUGGUCUUGAGCUCCAUGCAGCACUUCAGUGAGGCCUUCCACCAGGUCCUGGGGGAGAAACACAAGCGGGGCCACCUCCCCGAGCCCGAGGUGCACAGGGACACUUGUGAUGAAGACUCGGUGGCUGGCGAGUCUGACCGCAUCGACGAAGGGGCGGUCAACGGCCGGGGCUGCUCCCCAGGGGAGUCUGCCUCGGGAGGCCUUUCCAAAAAGCUGCUUCUGGGUAGCCCCAGCUCCCUGAGCCCCUUCUCCAAACGCAUCAAGCUGGAGAAGGAGUUCGACCUGCCGCCUGCUGCCAUGCCCAACACCGAGAACGUUUAUUCCCAGUGGCUAGCAGGCUAUGCCGCCUCCCGGCAGCUGAAGGACCCCUUCCUCAGCUUCGGCGACUCGCGACAAUCGCCCUUCGCCUCCUCUUCCGAGCACUCCUCGGAGAAUGGCAGCCUGCGCUUCUCCACGCCGCCGGGUGAGCUGGACGGAGGGAUCUCAGGCCGCAGUGGCACGGGAAGCGGAGGGAGCACCCCCCAUAUUAGUGGCCCGGGCCCUGGCAGGCCCAGCUCAAAAGAGGGCAGACGCAGCGACACUUGUGAGUACUGUGGGAAGGUCUUCAAGAACUGUAGUAAUCUCACCGUCCACAGACGGAGCCACACGGGCGAGAGGCCGUAUAAGUGUGAGCUUUGCAACUACGCCUGCGCCCAGAGUAGCAAGCUCACCCGGCACAUGAAAACACACGGGCAGGUGGGAAAGGACGUUUACAAAUGCGAGAUUUGUAAGAUGCCUUUUAGCGUGUACAGUACCCUGGAGAAACACAUGAAAAAAUGGCACAGUGAUCGAGUCUUGAAUAACGAGAUAAAAACUGAAUAGAGGUAUAUUCGUAACACACCCCUGCCCCGUGCCCUAUACCCACCCUCAUCCCUCCCCCAUCCCACAUCCCCGUAGAGGUUUUCUAGUCCCUUGUGAUGGAAAUCAUGGAAGCUAAGGAUAUUUGGAAAGUGCUUGUCACCAGCACACCUUGUUUAAUUUCUUUUUUGUUCUCACCGUUUGAAUGCAUGAUCUGUAUCGGGGCAAUACUAUUGCAUUUUACGCAAACUUUGAGCCUUUCUCUUGUGCAAUAAUUUACAUGUUGUGUAUGUUGGUUUUUUGUUUUCUUUUUGGUUGGUUUCCUUGGGUUUUUUUGUUGGCUGUUUUCCCCCCCCUUGUUUCUCGUUUUGUUUCUUUUUUUUUCCUUUUUUCCUGAUUAGACAGCAUGUAUGGUAUGUUAUGGCUGUUGAAAUUGUCCCUGAUUAGUUGCUGAGCAAACACGUCGCUGUUUCCAGUUCCGUUCGGAAAAAAAAAAAAGAAAAAAAGGAAAAAAAAAAAAAAGGAAAGGAAAAAAAAAAAAAAGAUGAGAGAGAAAAGAAAAAGAGAAAAUCAAAACAGAACCAAACCCAAGAGCAAACAAAACCGACCAUGCUGCAUACAUCCUAUAAUACAUAUCAUGUACAGUUUUGUUUUGUGACGUACGAAGGAAAACACGCUUUGGGUAACCCUCUAUGGACAGGACCUAUAGCACUAAAGAAGCAUUGCUUUAGCUAAAGUGCUUUCUUAAAAAGAGCAAACCCACUGAUUGGAGAAAGAGAAAAAAGAAAGCCUUUAAUUGGGAGGUAGCUGACUGGCACCAGUCAGCAAGAGGUAGAUUUCUCUUAGCAUUUGGUUUAAAUGACACAAACACACACACUCACACAAAAUUAAUCUGAGUGCCUUGGAUCUGUCGCGGCCAAUGCCAAUGGCUCCUUUCUGCUCGUCCUCCAUGCGUAGCUCGUCUCCACGUCGGUGACAGCAACGAGCUUCUUCCCAGCGAGUGUGCGAGUCUGUCUCGUGUCCCUUACAACAUCGGCUACCUAAGAACGACGAGGAAAGAAAAACCUAAAAAAGAGAAAGAAAUUGCCUGCUCAGUCCUAGUUAAUCAUCAUUCUCCCCUGCCUUUUAUUAUUAUUAGUUUCAUUAUGUUUAAAACCAAACUGAGCAUACCAGUCUAAAAACCUGCUUCUCUCCUAGAGGGAGCUUAAAACAAGAUACAGAACCUUACCCUCCCUGCACACCACCCCCUCCCCUGCCCCGGCCUUUAUUUCCCAUCCCCAUUGAUGAUUAAAUAGAAUGGGAAAUGCGCAGAGGCCCUUCAAUGCCAUUAAAUACACAAGUAAGGAAAUCCAUUUUGUGACGAAUAUUUACUUUUAAUAAUAUCUUUUUAUUGAUUCUGGCACCAAAACAAAUAAAUCCAGAGCCACUUGGUUGUCAAGCUGACAAUCAAAUUAUAAACUUUUAAGACCUCGUGUAUACCAUAUAAAAAAAAUAAAAUAAAGACUGGCAAUAAUAUUUUACUGAGUGUAUCGGAUAGAGGAGCAAAACUCUAAAUAAAAGGUGAUUUAUUAGCACAACGUGGUACUGUUUGCCAUUUUAAACUAGAACAGGUGUAUAAGCUAAUAUCGACACAGUGGUGAUUAACUACGAACUAUUGAGACUUGCCUUUAAUGUGACGCUUAGAAGAAGUGAUGGAAAAUUAAAGAUGGGGGGGGGGGAGGGGGGGGAAGCAAAACGAGUAUCGGUAUCUGUCUGUGCUCCCUACAAGUUGUCCAUUUCUUCCCUUUCCCCCACACCUGCUCUAUGUGCUAUUUGUGUUGAUGUGGAAGAGGAUUCCUUGUUUUAUUCUUAAGCUAGCGCCUGCCCCGGUUGGUGUUCAUAUAGCACUUGACUCUGCCUGUGAUGUCUGUAUCUUUUCUUUAAUCAAAGGUACAGAGGUUGAGUAUAAAAUAAGACUGCUCAGAUAGGACAAUUAAGUGCACUGUACAAUUUUCCCAGUUUACAGGUCUAUAGUUUAAGGGAAAAGUUGCAAGAAUGCUGAAAAAAACCUACAAACCCAAUAAUAAUAAAAAAUAAUCAAACAGUUUCAUUGAUGAGCAUAAAAAAAACCCACAACAAACAACCCCACAAACUUUGCCAGCCAUUUACUUGACUAAUGAGCUUAUCUUCUCGGACGCAACGUUACAGCGCUGUGAAUGGAAACAGACUCUACACUCACAUAAAAUGAAUGAUUUGCUUUUGCUCCUACCGUGCAAGGAAUUUUUUUGUACAAAAGAAAAAGAAAAAAAAGAAAAAAACCCCAACUUUUUUAAAUAUAAAUGUUAAGAAAAAGAUUUUUUUAAGGAGAAAAAAAAAAAAAGAGAAAAAAAACCCCACCACAACCAACCACGACACUUCAUUAUGUUUAGGGGGAAACUGUAUUUUAGGGUUCAUUGUCUUGGUGGUGUACAAGACUUGUUACUCAUUUUAAAAUGGUAGUGGAAAUUCUAUGCCUUGGAUAUAAACAGCUCUUCAGGUUGUAUAAAAAAAAACAAACAAACAUGCAUUUGGGGAAAGGUUUAAGAUUAUAUAGUACUUAAAUAUAGGAAAAUGCACACUCAUGUUGAUUCCUAUGCUAAAACACAUUUAUGGUCUCUUUUUUCUGUAUUUCUAGAAUGGUAUUUGAAUUAAAUGUUCAUCUAGUGUAGGCACUAUAGUAUUUAUAUUGAAGCUUGUAUUUUUAACUGUUGCUUGUUCUCUUAAAAGGUAUCAAUGUACCUUUUUUGGUAGUGGAAAAAAAAGAAAAGAAGAAAACACACACAGGCUGCCACAGUAUAUUUUUUUAAUUUGGCAGGAUAAUAUAGUGCAAAUUAUUUGUAUGUUUCAAAAAAAAAAAAAAAAAAAAAAAAGACAAAAAAAAGUGUGACACUGGACAGAUCCGAGGCCAUAUGAUGGCUCUCUGGGGGGAAAGCUGUUCAGGUGUCAUGCUGCUGGCCGUCACAGAGGGGUGUACAUAUCUUUUUUCGUUCUUUUUUCCUGCUGCCAUACUGUAUGCAGUACUGCAAGCUAAUAACGUUGGUUUGUUAUGUAGUGUGCUUUAUGUCCCUUUUCCUUCUAUCACCCAACAUUCCAGCAUCUUAACUUCAUAUGCAGUAAAAAAAAAAAAAAAAAAAAAAAAAAAUUUAAAAAAACCCCACAAAAAAACCCCAACAACAACAAAACAAAAAAAAAAAGAAGAUAAAACCGUUUUGCAGUUUUUUUCAUUGCCAAAAACUAAAUGGUGCUUUAUAUUUAGAUUGGGAAGAAUUUCAUAUGCAAAGCAUAUUAAAGAGAAAGCCCGCUUGAGUCAAUACUUUUUUGUAAAUGGCAAUGCAGAAUAUUUUGUUAUUGGCCUUUUCUAUUCCUGUACUGAAAGCUGUUUGUCGUAACUUGAAAUUUUAUCUUUUACUAUGGGAGUCACUAUUUAUUAUUGCUUAUGUGCUCUGUUCAAAACAGAGGCACUUAAUUUGAUCUUUUAUUUUUCUUUGGGCUUUUUUUUUUUUUUUCUCGUGGGGGGGGGUGGUGGGGGAGAUUUUUUGUUUUUAGUUUGGAUGAUUAUUUUUUUUUAUUAUUUGGAUGACCAAAGGUCAUUACAACCUGGCUUUUUAUUGUAUUUGUUUCUGGUCUUUGUUAAGUUCUAUUGGAAAAACCACUGUCUGUGUUUUUUUGGCAGUUGUCUGCAUUAUCCUGUUCAUACACCCAUUUUGUCCCUUUAUUGAAAAAAUAAAAAAAAAACCUUAAAGUA